UUUGUAAUCAGAAAUUUCAGUAGACGAUAUCAAUUGCAUAAUUAGCCGCCGAUGUCAUUGUCGUGACAGUUGCGGGAGCCGGUAGCUUCGAAAUGAAGCUACUCUUAAAUUUCGCCUUGUCGACGUCGAAAAGGCUACUGUGCCCAAAUGCCAGUCGCCUAAAUUCAGCUCCAUGCUGGAAAAAGAUGGCGACCGAAGUGGAGAAGGCACAAACAGCUACUGCUGGCGAAGACACGAUUUUUGGGAAAAUACUCCGCAAAGAGAUUCCUUGUAAAUUCAUCUACGAGGACGAUAAGUGUGUCGCAUUUCACGACAUCAACGCCCAAGCGCCGGUGCAUUUCCUGGUGAUCCCACGGAAGCCGAUUGUUCAGCUUUCAAAGGCCGAGGAGCAGGAUGAAUCAUUGCUGGGUCAUCUGAUGCUGGUCGCUCGUAAAGUCGCGAAACAGGAAGGCCUCGACAACGGUUUCCGUUUAGUCGUCAACGACGGAAAACAAGGCGCGCAGUCGGUCUUCCACCUGCAUCUGCAUGUCCUUGGAGGACGCCAGAUGCAGUGGCCACCGGGUUAACGAGCUUCAGCGUGACUAGUGAAACGUUUCACGCAUUUGUAUUCCCUUUUUUUUUUGCCUCGAACUACACACUCGUGAGAAUAAAGCAUUAAACACAGGCCGAAAUUUAUUGUGAAAAAUACGAUUUAUUUAUUCGUACACCGAGAUAAAAAAGAUUGAAGCCAUCUUGUCGUACCGAGCUGCGUUCAUAGUUUCUUGUAUACUUCGUAGACGAACUGUAUUCCGUCCUCUUCUUGGACUCCUUGAGGAAUGUCCGCGUCUCUGAAAACGACAGUAAACAGUAAAAGUAGUUAGUUAACACUUUGACUGCAACAACUUCGAAUAUUGUACAAAAUGGAAGCAUAUUAUCUGAUCAAAUUUGAAUUGAAAAGAUAAGUUGUAUAACAUCAAUUACUUCUUGAACGUUUUUACGUUUAGCGGAUCCUAGUAAAAUUAGGAAAAUAUCGUAGAUUAUCGUAAAAAUUAAUCUUCAAAACUUAAGCGAAAUUUCGUCACCCUUAUAUAGGUGACGCGACAGUUAAAGCGUUAAAGCAUUGACAAUACGAUGGAUGGCUAAACAAUGAAAUUGGUAUAUUGGUUAAAUUGAACUCACUCCGUCAAGACGAUGUCGUUUGGUAUCUGCGGGAAGAACGUGUCGCACUCGAAAUGCUUUUUUAUUCGCGUCAAGUACAAUCGGCCGAAAUGGGGCGACUCCAUUGCAGCCUGCAAUGUCAGAGACGUGUUUCCUGAUCAAAAAUCUUUGCGCAAUUUUAUGGAAUCAACUGUACCUUGUACACAGAGCUGCCUCCUAUCACCCAUAUACUUUCGAUGCGAUCAUUCAGCGGAGGUUGCGAAAUCAUCUGCAUCGCGUUUGCGAUACUUUUACAUACGAUCGCCUCAUUUCCAAGGUCCCUGCGUAAUUUAUUGUAAUAGUAACUGGUUAUUUCUUCGAUUGUUUCGUUUACAUGUUGAAAAAGAAAUCGGUAUUACGAAAGCUUCGACGAAAGAACCAUAUUUACACGAUUCUGUAAGGGUCUGAACUUGCUCGGAAUGCAUUCCCAUGUCCUGCGUCCCAUAAGAACGACGUUCUUUUUGCUUGGAUCUUUUGUUUUCGACGUCAUGGUCGUAAAGAACGCCAUUUCGCUUCUGUGCAAGAGAAACAUGUGAGUGAGAAUUCAUGUGUGAACCGAUUCUGUUUGAAUGACUUAUUGAUUUAAAUUAGCUUACUUCAGUUUCCAUGGUAAGGCUCCGUUUACGCCGAUGCCCAUACCCUCGCAGGCAGCUGCUAUUAAAUUCAAUUGUAACUGCAUUUUCUUAGUUCCACUCAUAAAACUUUUCUCGCUGCUAAUCUAAUCGACUGGUUCAUUUAUGUAUAGGAUGUAUAGGAUGUAUAUAUACUUCUUUAACGUAUAAAAUUCAAAAAAAAGAAGAUGGCAGCGCAACCUGGCGAGUUCCUUAUACUCACCAUAAGUCCCAUGAUAAAAGCGCGAUAAAUGAAAAAGAAUAAAUUAGACAGUCAGAAUUGUUA